AAUCAGCUGAGCGCGACGCACGUAAUAUUAUUUUGUAAACAUGGAAGGACCACCAGCCAAGAAGAGACGACCUAAUUUCAGUGAGGCUGAAGUAUACGCUCUUGUGACUGAGGUAGCCAAACGAAAAGAAAUGAUUUUAGGGAAGUUGGACUCGGUAGUUGUACACUUCAACUCAAAAACCAUGCCUGGGGUGAAGUGUUAAAUGCGGUGAAUGCUGUUGGUAGAGUCACCCGCAAUGUUACUGAAAUUCGGCGGAAGAUCUUCGUGUUAGCGUUAAGAAAAAUGCAGCACAAGAUAAGAAAUAUGCUGGUGGAACAGGAGGCGGCCCCCAAAUUGAAAAUACCCUGUACAUACACUGCAAUUGACGAAGCAGUUCUUCAUCUCUUAGAUCCAGCUUUUAUACAUGGAAUUCCAGCGAUUUUGAAAAGUGAGGAACUUAUUGAUGAAGAAGAAAGAGCACAAACCCCAGGACCCUCAGGAGCUAGGUUUACGGCUAUUCAUUCCAGCGAGGAAUCUAUGUUUAGGACCGUUCAAGAGAAAGAGGAUUCUCUAACUAUCUUGCUGACUGAGGAUAUACGCACUUGUUAACUAAUAACAUGUGUUGCAGUGCUUCUAAGGAUAAUGUUUACCCAGGUUUUGGGUAAAAGUUCACACCACAAUCAAAUGUAUAGCUUUGAAAACAGACUCAUGUACUUAUUUUUAUUUUUUAAAUGUUCCUUUAUUUUGUAAUACGUAGUUAAUUUCCAGUUCAACCUGUUUUAUUGAUUAAUUUGUAUUUUUUUAAUGUAUGAUUCAAGUAGGUUGAAACAGAAAUAAUGGUGCAAAUUCACCAACAGCCUACUGUAAUCACUGCUAUUUAGCACACAUUAUUCUCCAAAGAGCAAGUUGUUGCAUUGGUUCUUUCAUAAGGAUAUGCUGUCUCAUGCUAAAUUGUAUAGCUUAACAAGCCAAGAGUUUGCUAUUUGUUUUCUUUAUUACUUAUAGUAGUACAGUAUUUGGUUAUAAGUUUACUUUAAUAUACGGGUAUUGAUGCAGGUACAUUCUAGUCAUGAGUGUUCCUUCAGUAAUUCUAGACAUAUGAAAAUUAUACUGUAUUCCAUUUUUAUAUCUUAAAAAUGGCAACAAUUAACAGUAGUUGUAUUAAUUUUUCACAACGAUGUGGUGACCCACGUCAAAUUGUGUAGUUUAAGAAGCAAACAGUGGCAAUAUUUUUUAUUGUUUCAAUUUCUCAAAUAUGUUUUAUAUAAUGAUUUUUGUUUUCACAAACUUUAGUGCCUUUGGUAUUUAGUAGGCUAGUAUUAAAAGUAUACUGUAUUGGAAUCAAAUUUGCUCAAGGAUAUAGUACAUAUUUUAUUUUCCUAUAUAAAAUGUUUAUCUUAUGAAGGUAAAAGAAAGCCAUUUAUUUUCUGUAUUUUCUAUAAAGUUUUUUUUAUUAGGUACAGCAUGUUGAAAAUAAAAGUUAAUUCAAUGUAUGCUUUAUUAGCAUUACCUCUAUACUGCAAUAAAAAAUAAUUAUUAAACAGUAUUGUUUUUAUGUUGAUAUUAACUUAUUCAAAGUUUUAUCAUUAGGCCUAGAAUAGAAGGGUUAUGCCUGAGAAAAAAAAAUUACGGCCUUAAGGUUUUGCCUGGCAUUAGGGUUAAAAUACUUAAAAAUGCACAGCGUGUUAAAAUCUCUGUACUCAUUGAAAAAUGAAUAAAAUUGUUCAGUAUGAAAGUAAA